AAUCCUUGAGAAUAAUGGCCUCUCUGACCGCCAGCUACCUUGCACCUUUGUUUGUUGGCGGAUUUUAAGUUUCCGAAUUCUUCCCAAUCCAGCAAACCAAUUAUGUCUUCUCUUUUGUUCCAAAACCCUAAUUUAUCCACUCCCUUCCUCCCUUCUAAACUUUCUGGUCAUCAACGUGAUAUUAAAACGACCCGGUUCUGCACCAUUUCUAGAAGCCCUAAAGCCCCUCGUUGCUCUGUAGAUACUCCCUAUGGAGGUAAUGUCCCAACUUUUCCUCGAAAGAAUGUUUGGGAUCCUUAUAAACGCCUUGGUAUAAGCCCUUAUGCAUCUGAGGAAGAAAUUUGGGGAUCGCGGAAUUUUCUAUUGCAACAAUAUGCUGGACAUGAGAGAAGUGAAGAAUCAAUAGAAGCUGCUUUUGAGAAAUUACUGAUGACCAGCUUCAGGAAAAGGAAGAAAAGCAAAAUUAAUUUGAAGAGCAAGCUAAAGAAGCAAGUUGAGGAGUCUCCACCCUGGGUUAAGAACUUACUCAAUUUUGUGGAGCUUCCUCCUAUGGAGGUUAUUUUCAGAAGAUUAUUCCUCUUUGCAUUUAUGGGUGGCUGGAGUAUCAUGAAUUCUGCUGAAGGUGGACCUGCUUUCCAGGUAGCUGUCUCUUUGGCUGCUUGCAUAUACUUCCUUAAUGAGAAGACAAAGAGCUUGGCCCGAGCAUCAAUUAUUGGAUUUGGAGCUCUUGCAAGUGGGUGGAUUUGUGGUUCCAUCUUUGUCCCAAUGAUUCCCACAGUUCUCAUUCAUCCUACUUGGACACUGGAGCUUCUAACAUCACUAGUAGCGUAUGUUUUCUUAUUUCUUGGUUGUACUUUUCUCAAAUAAAGAAGUUGCAACUGUAAUGUUUACUCUAAAGAACUGAACCCAACCUAUGAGAUCCCAUUGUCACUCAACUAUAAAUCAUCCCAUAUUUUUGGCUUUUCCCCUUGAGAGUAUAGUGAAUUUUGGCAACGCAUACCACAGCUUUUACCCUAAUGAACAGUUUUGCUAAACAAGCAUUUGUAUAUUGGAAAUUUCUUGUGGCUGAACAAUUGUGUCUGCAUUUUUAUGAAGAUUUUUAAGUUACAAUCAUUAUUCACCA